AUGGCCGUGUGGGUGGAUUGGUGUUGGGGGGGGUCCAAGGGGGGCUUCACAAUAAAGGCAAGGGGCCCCACUGCUCACUUGUUCGCCGCAUCAUUGUGCCUCCCAACAAUAGACCAGGCGAAUUCCAAGAGGAGACGACGCCGCAACUCUACAGAGAGGUCCGAGGUCACAGGAGGGGGGUCAGGGGUGGGAGAUGUGCUCCGCCACCUGUGGGACGUCCCGGGGCAGAGGGGGUCACGCUUCAGCUCCUGCCCGCUCACCCCUGCCCUUCAGCAGGAAACAGCCUGCCUUUCCCCCCUCUGCUUCAGGUUCGGCGGAGGUUUGGUGGAGCGGACAGGAGCAGAACAAAAGACCCGACUCAGCACUUUUGUGGCCACUCUCUCUACCUUUUCUUUCCCCGAUCACAAACUUUCCCCUUUGCACAAAACCACAGCUUAA